AUGAAGCCAAGAGCAGUAUGUCGUGUCGGUGUGUUGGCAGUGAUUGCCGCCGCCAUGGCAGCGGCCAAUCCUGCCAGCGGUAGUAGAAGGACCACCCAGGACGGACGGCGCCUCCUUUGCUCUACCUUGGAGUCGAAUAGCGAUGCCACCGAGACCAGUCGUAGUACUAGUAGUGUCAAUUGCAGUAGCAGCAGCCAAGAAUUACUGUCUGUCAGGAUCCCCAAACCCAUCUCGGAUCACACGGCGACGUUGGUGGGCGAUGAAAAUGGCGCCCUCAUUUAUCUGGCAGGUGGUUGUGAUGAUCCCUAUGGCAACAACAUUUAUGACCCAACCUUUCAGAUUUUCUCUUGCGGUUCCAUCUCCGAUUCCUUCUACGCAUUUGACCCGCUAACCGAAGAUUUCAUCAGUCUGCCUCCUAUGCCAGUAGCCCGCUAUCGACACGCCGCUGUGGCCAUCAAAAAUCAACUCGUAUUGUUGGGAGGAAGGACACUCGCAGAUGACCUGAUUCCACAGGUAGAUGUGUUUGACAUGAAUUCCCAAAGCUGGUUUUCCUUUGCGCUUUCGUCCGAUGUCGUGGCAGCGUCUGAUCUAGCUUUUUGGGACAAUGGCACACAUGCCUUUUUUGCAGGUGGAUAUGAUGUCACCUAUACCGCCUUGAAGCAAGUGUUUAGUUUGCACAAUUUACAUAUUGGAGCGUUCACAGUGACUCGGCUGGCAGAUCUUGUGGAAGCACGUGGGGAUGCGGCCGGUACUAUUAUCCAUUCCUCGGGAUAUGCCUACGUGGGAGGUGGCUUUACACACGAAGACAACUUUUGUGCGCCCCUGGCCAGUGUGGAACGAUACAGCCUUGGGGACAACUCUUGGAUGGGCGUGGCGGACCUACCGGAUGCACGUGCAGACAUGGUCCUGGUCAGUCUCCAGGACACGGUUGUUGCCAUGGGAGGAGAACGUCAGGUGGAAGACAUUUGCGACCUUGUAGAACCCGAACCAAGUGAUUUGGUGGUGGCCGUGGACGAUGUGUCCGUGUUGGAGGAGAUGGAUACCAUGUGGCGGAGCAUUGACUCUUUGGCAGUCCACAGGUUUCGAUUUGCGGCUGCGGUUCACAACGACAUGAUCUACUCGUUUGGAGGACAAAUGGCCUACGACGAAGAAUGCGAGUGUCUGGCAACGACAGAUGAGGUGAUUGCGUAUACGGCAACAAGUGCCCCCGCGCCAACGUUUGCUCCCGUCACACCCGUCCCCACGUUUCCCACGGAUACCCCACGAGACAUGGCGGUGCGUAUGGAACUGGAACGCGUCGUUGGCGGGGUAGUCAACAAUAUCGUGGGACCAUACAAGAUGGCCAUGGAUUGGAUCCUGUAUGACGAUCCCAUGCAACUGCAGCAAUACGAUACAAACUUGGUUCAGCGAUACAUUCUGGCCCUGUUCUACUACCAGACAUCACAGGAUGCUCCAUGGGUAUCCUGCAAUCCUCCGGCUGCCGGCGAAAGUGAUACGUGCGUCUUUUAUGAAUACAAGAGGCUGGACGAUGGUUCUUCCACGCAUGAGCCAAGAGAGGAAUCCCAUAUCCGAUGGCUUUCCUCGAAACAUGAAUGUGAAUGGGCAGAGAUUCUGUGUGACACAGGUUUUCGGAGAAGAGUCAUUGCGAUUGAUCUUGUGGGGCAAGACCUUGGAGGAACAAUGCCAAGCGAGUUGAGGCACCUUGAAUACUUGUUGUGGCUUUCACUGAGUUUCAACCAGUUCUCGGGAGAAAUUCCAGACGAGUAUGGGCAAUGGCCAUACCUCACGAUCUUUGAAGUCAAUUCAAACUUGCUAACGGGGCAAAUAUCAUCGGAAAUCUUUGACCAACGCAAUCUUCUUCAACUGGAUCUGUCCUUCAACGAAUUCAGUGGCACUUUGCCCUCGACCAUCGGCAAACUAACUUCUCUCCACUCCUUAUUGCUGAUGAACCUUGGAUUGAGCGGAACCGUCCCUACUGAAAUUGGCCUGAUGGAAGACUUGAGAAACCUUUGGUUGUAUGACAAUGCUCUCCUCGGUGGUCCAGUGCCGUCCGAGAUAGGUCAGCUGAAUCUCCUCCAGGAGAUGAAACUUGGCAACAGCAACUUUGGUGGCCCCCUUCCGUCCGAGCUAGGUCAGCUGAACAUUUUGCGGGAGUUUUUGUUUGCUGGAAAUGACAUGGAGGGUAGUACAAUCCCGGAGGAGUUGUGGGACCUAUCGAGUAUCGAAUUUCUGGACUUUGGCGAGUCAAACUUUGGCGGCACGAUUGGUACCGAGAUUGGUAAAGCCUGGACAAUGAAAGGAAUCAAGCUCCAAAGAAAUCAACUGGAAGGGACGCUGCCGUCCGAGCUUGGCUUGUUAAGUAACCUGUUGUUGCUUUGGGUGCAUGGCAACGAGCUUGAGGGGUCAGUGCCGGUCGAAGUGUGUUUGAUUCCAACGGUGCAGUACUUAAAUGCGGACUGCGCUGGAAAUGAUCCCCCCAUCUCCUGUCCGCUGGGAUGUUGUACUGGGUGUUGUGAUGAAUUUGGUCAGUGCCAAGUCGUUUGA